AUGUCCAGAAGUGUUGAAGGAAUUGCAAUUGGAAUUGAUCUUGGAACAACAUAUUCCUGUGUUGCUGCCUGGUUUGAUAAGCACAAUCGUGUAGACACCAUUCCUAAUGAACAAGGUAACAAGAUUACUCCAUCAUGCGUCGCUUGGAAUGGCACCGAACUCUUAGUAGGUGAAGGAGCUAAAAAUCAAAUCAGCAGGAACCCUAAAAACACUAUUUUUGAUGUUAAACGUUUAAUGGGAAGAAGAUUCAGUGAAAGUAGGCUGCAGGAUGACAUUAAGUCAUGGCCUUUUAAGGUGGUCGAAGGGAGUGCAGAUGAGCCAUUUAUUGUGUUAGAAAAUGAGACUGAAAACAUGAAAUUUUCGCCUGAAGAAAUAUCCUCCAUGAUUCUAAAGAAUUUGAAAGAGGCCGCUAAAGCAUAUCUUGGAACAACAUGUACAGAUGCAGUGAUUACUGUUCCUGCAUAUUUUAGUGACAAACAAAGGCAAGCCACUAAGGAGGCUGGUACGCUAGCUGGCCUCAAUGUCAUGCGCUUGAUUAGUGAGCCAACAGCAGCAGCAAUUGCGUAUGGAAUAGAUAAGAGUGCUGACAAGAAUCGUCAAGAUAAGAAUGUUUUGGUCUUUGAUUUGGGUGGAGGAACAUUUGAUGUGUCUCUUCUCAAUAUCUGCAAGGAUGGCGCCAUUAGUGUUAAAGCUGUGGGUGGCGACACUCAUUUGGGUGGUGAAGAUUUUGACAAGCUAAUGGUGAAUCAUUGUGUUCAAGUAUUCAAGAAAACACAAAAAAAGGACUUGAGUAAGAAUGCAAGAUCGAUGAUGAAGUUGAAAGUUGCUUGUGAAAAAGCAAAGAGAGAUUUAUCCUCUACAACCUUAACGGCAAUUGAAAUUGAUUCCUUGUUUGAGGGAAUUGAUUUUUCGAUGAAAUUCACGAGGGCAAAACUUGAGGAGCUAAAUGAUGCUUUCUUCAAGAAGUGCAUUGAGCACGUGGAGAAUUGUUUGAGAGAUGGCAAUAUGGAAAAGAAAGAUAUUGACGAUGUGGUUCUUGUUGGUGGGUCUACACGGAUUCCCAAGGUACAACAAAUGUUGAUGCAAUUCUUUGAAUCAAAACCACUUUGCAAGAGCAUUAAUGCGGAUGAAGCUGUUGCUUAUGGUGCUGCAGUGUUGGCUGCAAACUUACAUGGUAAUGGGAAUGAAAGUGUCCAGUCUUUGAUAUUAGUAGAUGUAACGCCUCUCUCCCUUGGCAUCUGGGCCGAUUCAGACGAUACUCGUGGUUUAAUGAGUGUUGUGAUACCAAGGAACACACCUAUACCCACCCUCAAGGAUGGAACUUACUGCACAUCGGCAGACAAUCAAGUGUCUAUGAGAAUCGAUAUAUAUCAGGGAGAGAGCAGAUUAGCCAAAGAAAACAUCAUCCUUGGUUCGUUCAAGCUUCAUGGUAUUCCUCCAGCCCCUGCAAUGGAACAAGAGGUAAAAGUUUUCUUUAACAUAGAUGCCAAUGGCAUUCUCAAUGUCUCGGCUGAAGUAAAAUCCACAGGCAAUACCAACAGUAUAAACAUCGAUGUGUGGAAACAUGUUUAA